UGAAAAUGUCAAAAUGACACAAAUCAUGUAAAUUUGUCGUUCAAAGUCAUCAUGGUAGUACUUUUCGGCCAAACUCUAAAAUUGUACAAUCCCUACGUAACCUUAAGAAAAAUUUGCCAGUUGUUCACCUUGCGCCUACACCCACACGCGUACCACAACAGCGUCCGUUACCUGCGAAGCAACUCGGAAAAAACACCCGACCUAGUCUACAUCCCGCAAGUAUUCAGAUGGCUGAGAACGAAAGCGAAAUUUAAGUAUCUGCAAAAAACGUGGGACCCCGAAUUCUCAGAGGGCGCCUUCAUUUUCGGCUCGAUUCAGGCAAUUUGUAAAAUUUCAGAGAUCAUUCACACCGAAGAUUUGGAACGAUUAAACGGACUACUAACCGAAACCGCGCGGCUCAAGCUCGUCUCCGUGCUAAAUGACAAACUUACAGCUCUACAAAAGAAGGUUAUCAAAAUUUCGCCGGUCGAUAUCAAGAUAAUGGUGCCCACGGAAGUCAACUUGAAAAGGAUCGGAGACAGAAAAACGUGCGAAAUUUGUCUUAGAAGCUUGUCUUUAAAAUGGUUCGAGGGCAAAGAAAGUACGAAGUUAGUUUUGAUUGCCCUACAAACAGACUUCCUUAGAGACUACGGGCAGAAUGUCACCCCAGAGUGGACGGUUAAUGUAUUUGACAUAUUGGAAUGUGCUGUACUUAAUGAAAGUAGAUUUCCUAAAUAAAAUUGCAAAUAAAACACGAACUUAUAAAUUAAGAUGCUGAAAUGACAAAUGACACCUACAUGCGGGCAGCCAUGAUGUGCACUCACUUGGGGCGAAAUUCAAAUCAACUAAUAAACAAGCAUUAACCUCACGUUUUCUAAAUAAAUUACUGUGACACGUCACAUGUCAUUUUCAAAGGCUGCAAUAGAGCACUAGGAAAAUUCCCCUAGAAAAUAACUAAAACGUGCACAUCAUAGGGCCAUUUCUACCUCU